AUGUUUGGCUACGUUGCACUCACCACCAUGGCGUUCGCCUGGCGGACAUAUGCUCAAAGCUCAAGUGAAAGUCCAAGCACCUUCAGCCCGAGCAGCGAAAGCCCAAGCGGUGCCUUCCCCACAUCGACCGUAUACUUCGCACCUGUAACCAUCACCAACCCAGCAUCAUGCACAAAGACCAGCUUUGCAUACAUCGCCAUGGAGUCUGUCACCGAGCAUGAAGACGUUGCCGCGACCAUGACUCCCUGGACGAUUACGAGCUUUACAACGACCCCUGAUAUAGCAAACCCGACUCCUUUCAUUCAAGUCGACGUCUUCCUGACCCAACAGCCGUUUUCCAUCAGUCCGAAUCCAGAAGAACUCGCAUUUCAAAAGGCCUGCUACGAUCCUCGCGCAACUAUAUGUCCAUCGUCUUCACCCAUUAGUGGGCCGCCCCAUGUGGGCUGUAUGAGUGCGUUCCCCGGUGGACAAGUCGCGAAUCCGCCUCCCCCGGUGCCAAGUCAAGGUGCUGGUGCUGGUUCUGUACAGUCCUCACAGGUCGUUACACUAUCAGGAGCUUUGAUAGCUGGCUCGUUAGCGUUUCUUUUUGGCCUUUGA